AUGAUGGACUGCGGCGAUCGGCUGGAAACACGUCGGUACGUACUGGAAACGGUCGACAAAGGCUCGUCAUCAAACUUGACCUUCCGUUGCAUUGCCUCGUCAGACACGAUUUUGCUCUCGUUGUCCAGACCUUCAAACAGUCUCAGGAUGUACUGCUUGUCGAGUUUCUUGAACGAACUGGUUUUCACCAGCUUGCCCCAAUUCUGGAAAAUGAACGACUCGCAGUUGGAUCUCAGGAUUGGAUCGUCCAGAUAG